AUGGCGGCGUGCGCCACCACCCUCAACCUCGCCCCGGGUACAAGUACGGCUUACCCUCUGCCCGCAGGCGCCAUCCCGAGCGCCUCGCCCUCGCUUGCCACCGUGUCGGUGUACGCCUCGCACACGCACAUGCAUACCAUCGCGUACGCGCCGCCGCCGCUGCCUCCGCCGCCGAAUCUGCUGCAGCACGUCGGUUAUCUCGCCACCGGGUACGCGCCGGAGAGCGCGUACGCGGCAUCGCAGCCGACGAUCCAAGAUCUGCGAUACGUCCUGUACCACCAGCCCGAGCCCGAGCCCGAGCCCUCCUACGAGCCACUAGCGUUCGUUCACCAUCAUCAAGUCAACCCUUGUCCUCCUCCUUCUCCCCCUCCUCCUCCCGCAGACGCUGCCUACCGGCCCGGAUCGAUCGGCCAGCCGCGCUACGACCCUCCGCCCGGACCACCGCCGCCGCCACCACCGACCCGGGCUCGGGGGCCCAGCUUGGAUAGCAGCAUCCCGUCGUCCUCCGCGUACGCGCCCGACCUCGCCCUCGACCUCGACCUCGAAUCCGCGCCCGCGCCGCCGCCGCCGCCGCCACCCUCUUACACCGUCGUCGUUCCGCCCGGAUCCGAGGACGCGUACUCCACCGCGGGCUGCUACCCGUCGUCGUCGUCGUCGUCCUCCUCCUCCUCCUCUGCCUCCUUGUCCCGGACCGCCGCGGCGUUGGGGGUGGUCCGGACCGCCGCUGUCGGCUGGCACGUCGAUCAGCAGCCGUCCCCGGUGUCGGUGUCGGUGUCGGUGUCGAGUUACCCGUCCGCGGCUUCUUCCUCUUCUUCGCAGCAACAGCAGCAGCAGCGGUGCGAUCACGACGACGACGGCCCCGGUCUCGCACGGCCAAACGUGGGCCCGGGACAAAGCCGGUGGUACACGGACCAGAUGCGCUGGACGCAGUACGCGCACGCGUACGACCGUUCUCGCGCUCUCCGCGGCACCUCCCGCUCGGGCUCGGGAUCGGGCUCGGGCUCCGCUUCGUCCUUCUCCUCGCUCACGUCGUCGCUUCCGUCGCCGCGUGCUCUUCCCGAGUACGAGUGUCCGCCGCAGCGCCGUCCGGAUCGCGCGCCUCCUCCCCCCGCUCCUCCUCCUCCUCCUCCUCCUCCUCCUCCUCCUCUUCCUCCUUCGCUCGAGUUCGAGUCCGGACGACCUGCUAGCCCGAGCUCGGGAUCCAAGCGCGCGCACGAGGGCGUGGACACCGACGGCGACGAGGACGACGAGGGGUUCUCCCCUCCCCCGCAUGCCGCUGCGAGCGCGAGCACGGCGGGUUCGCGAAAACCAAAGUUGCACCAGUGCAAGAUCUGCAAGAAAUGGUUCCCGCGGCCGAGCGGGCUCGAGACGCACAUGAACAUCCAUCGCAAGCUCAAACCGUAUAAAUGCCCGGUACCGGGGUGCGGUCGGGAUUUUGGCGUGCGCUCGAACGCGAAGCGACAUCUACGCACGCACGGGAUCCACCCGCCCUCGUCCUCCUCCUCCUCCGGAUCCAGAGGCGGCGGCGGUCCGCACCUGCAACGCGUCCGCGGCGGAGGCGGGUACGCGGUCGGGUUCGAAGACCCCGUCGUGCACGACAACACCUUCCUCAUCACAGGAGGAGGAGGUAGAGGAGGAGGAGGGAUAGGGACGAGGAGGUUGAGAUGGGUGCCGCAGAGUUUGCGCGGGAGGACGAACGAAAGGGCGUUGAGGUGCGAUUCGGAGUCGGCGGGGUCGGAGGGGUCGUCGGUGGCGGAGGACCGAGUGCUGGAUAGUGCUAGUGUGAGGAGGAGGGCGAGGGAGAGGGAGAGGGGGAGGGAGGGCGGGGUGAAGGUCGAGCCGGAGGCGCUGCCGUUGACGCUCUUGCCCGUCGUACCGUCCGGCUCGGAGUGGGGCGAAGAGGAGCGAGACUCGUAUGCACAGGUCGGGCCGUAUCCGUACCAUCCGAACCAGUGGCGUGCGCUGCCGGGUCCGGCGCCCAUCACGGCGAUUUGA